AUGAGUUCUCCGGUAGUACUAAGCAAGAAGGAUAACGAGGAGGACAUCACCGUCGACCUCUAUCCAUUCAUUCGCGAGUACAAGGGCGGCCGUAUCCAGCGCUUACUGCGCAGUCCAUUCGUGGCAGCAUCGGAGGACGCGGCUGCCAACCGUGGCGUGGCAACCAGGGACGUCGUCAUCGACAAAACCACCGGCGUGUCCGCACGCCUGUUUCUUCCCUCCGUUGCCGCCGCGACAGGCGAGCGUCUCCCCGUCAUCAUGUACGUCCACGGCGGAUCCUUCUGCACUGAGAGCGCGUUCUGCCGCACGUACCACAACUACGCCAGGUCCCUCGCCACGCGCACAGGGGCGCUCGUCGUGUCGGUGGAGUACCGUCUAGCGCCGGAGCAUCCCGUGCCUAGGGCCUACGACGAUGCAUGGGCAGCGCUCCAGUGGGUGGCAUCCCGCUUUGAUCCCUGGCUCUCUAGCUACGCCGACCCCGGGCGCAUGUUCCUCGCCGGCGAUAGCGCCGGCGGCAACAUCGUCUACAACACGGCGGUGCGUGCGGCCAGCCAUGACUUCGUCGACAUUGAGGGGCUUGUCAUCGUGCACCCCUACUUCUGGGGGGUUGAGCGGCUGUCCGCCAGCUGUGAGACAGUCUGGGACGGCGUUGCCAUGUUUACUCCUGAGGUGGUCGACAGGGUCUGGCCGUUCGUUACGGCCGGCCGGCUUGGCAACGACGAUCGCAGGAUCAACCCUCUAGACGAGGAGAUAUCCUCGCUUACAUGCCGGCGUGUGCUGGUCGCCAUCGCCGAGAAAGACAUCUUACGUGACCGCGGGCGCCGGCUGGCGGCUCGCAUGCGCGUCUGCUGCGCAUGGGCCGAUGAUGAAAACGCAGUCACACUGGUGGUGUCGGAGGCCGAGGACCAUGGCUUCCACCUGUACAACCCACUGCGUGCGACCAGCGAGAUUCUCAUGGAGAGUAUAGUGCAGUUCAUAAACCAGCGCACGGCCUUGCCACUGCCGGCCGCUUUGCUCCCGGAGCCGGAGCUGCAUCUGCAUGCAUCCCAAACUAGGAAGAAGAAGGCAUCAUCUGCUGCUGCUGAGAUGGACUCUGUCCAUCCUAUUAUAGGCGUGCCUACUAGACCCUCUAUGACACGUAAUACUACUAGUUGUUUAUAG